AUGUCUAAUCAAGCUCCUCCUCCACUGAAAGAUCAGGUUGCGGGCCUGUUUGAGCCUGCCAUGCUUAUGGCUUGGGCAAUGUCUCAUUAUCUCCGCGUCUGCAAAGAAGCAGUCUUCACCAAAGGACAGGUCUUCGCGCCCAUCUUCCAAUCCACCAAACUCAGAGAUGAGGCAUUUGGGAAGUUCUGGGUCGAGUUUACCAAACCCCGUGAUGACCCAAACGCCGAACCAGUCGGCAGCUCAGCUCUAAUCCCACCAAUUCUCAAAACAGCCCAAGGCAUCGUCCUUGACAUCGGUCCAGGCACGGGAACACAGAUGCCCCUCCUGCGCUCAAAGAGCAUAACAGCUCUUUAUGGUGCAGAGCCUUGUAUCGGUCUUCAUGGUGAGCUGCGCGCGAAAGCGGUCGCGGAGGGUGUAUCUGAGCGAUACCAUAUUUUGCACUGCGGUGUUUCUGAAAAGGAACUUCUUCCUGCUCUUAGGGCUGCGGGGACUGGUGUGACGGACGGGUAUGAUUCGGAUGCUGCGAAUGGGAUCUUUGACACUAUUCUCUGUGUGAGGGUUUUGUGUUCGGUUCCGGAGAUGGAGAGGACGACUAGGGAAUUGUUCGGAUUGUUGAAACCUGGGGGAAGGUUGUUGGUUACGGAGCAUGUUGUUAAUAAGUGGGGAUCUGCGAAGGGGUCUGUGCUUGGGAGGUUGGCGCAGGCGGUUUACAUGUUUCUGGGUUGGAGGUUUUAUGUUGGGGAUUGUUGUUUGGAUAGGGAUAUCGAGGGAGCGUUGAGGAAGGCAGCGGGUGUGGAUGGUUGGGAGUCUGUUGAGUUGGAGAGGUCGUUUGAGUGGUCUGCUAUGCCCUAUCUUUCGGGGAUUUUAACUAAGAAGAGUACCUAG